AUGUUACUCAUAUUAAAGCUGCGCAAACCGGUUUCGACGCUGUCGAUUCCCGGCGCGAUGAAGGCGUACUCCGGCGGGGGGAGGGACGCAGCGGGAGAGGAGGCCGGCGUCGCGCUUGUCGGCGUGCACAGCGAGUACCCGCGCUUUGGCGAAGAGCGGGCACUCGGCGGCGGCACAUACAAGGGCGGAGGGACGGCUAAGCACAAACCUAACAUAGGAUAUAGAUUAGGUAGAAGAAAGGCGCUAUUUGAAAAAAGAAAACGAAUAAGUGAUUACGCUUUAGUGAUGGGGAUGUUUGGUAUCAUAAUGAUGGCAUCAAUUUACUCCCAGGCGCUGAAGACGCUUAUAUCAAUGUCGACUGUGAUUUUACUUGGCCUAAUCGUCGCGUAUCACGCUUUAGAAGUACAGUUAUUUAUGAUAGACAACUGCGCUGACGACUGGAGGAUAGCUAUGACGUGGCAGAGGAUAGCACAAAUUACCCUAGAACUAGCCAUUUGUGCCGUCCAUCCUAUACCAGGACAGUAUACCUUUACCUGGACUACCAAGUUAGCUAACAAAGGAGGCGUGAUAGGAGUCGAAGUCGUGCCGUAUGACGUCACACUGUCUUUGCCGAUGUUCUUUCGGCUCUAUUUAAUAUGCAGGGUCAUGUUGCUGCAUAGCAAAUUGUUCACAGAUGCUUCAUCAAGAAGUAUAGGAGCCUUAAACAGAAUUAAUUUUAAUACUAGGUUCGUUUUGAAGACACUCAUGACGAUAUGUCCAGGAACUGUAUUAUUAGUUUUUAUGGUAUCGUUAUGGAUAAUCGCGAGUUGGACGCUCAGACAAUGUGAAAGGUUUCACGACGAAGAACACGCUAAUCUACUGAAUGCAAUGUGGCUUAUUGCGAUUACGUUUCUCUCCGUCGGUUUUGGUGACAUUGUGCCAAACACUUAUUGCGGCAGAGGUAUAGCUGUUAGCACCGGCAUUAUGGGAGCUGGAUGCACAGCGUUAUUAGUCGCGGUUGUAUCAAGAAAAUUAGAAUUAACUAGAGCUGAGAAGCACGUUCAUAACUUCAUGAUGGACACACAACUUACUAAAAGACUGAAAAACGCUGCGGCGAACGUUCUUCGAGAAACGUGGUUGAUAUACAAACAUACUAGACUCGUGAAAAGAGUACAUCCAGGAAGAGUUCGAACACACCAAAGAAAAUUUCUAUUAGCCAUUUAUGCAUUACGAAAAGUUAAGAUGGAUCAAAGAAAGCUAAUGGACAACGCAAAUACAAUAACAGAUAUGGCAAAAACGCAGAAUACAGUGUACGAAAUAGUCUCGGACAUGAGUACGAGGCAAGAUACUAUAGAAGAAAGGUUGACUAGUUUAGAAGAAAAACUUACAGCAUUACAGGACCAAGUAAACACACUACCAGAUGUGAUGGCUCGUUGUCUCCAGCAGUGCUGGGAACGAGCCGAGCAGCGAAGGAAUUUCUUACAUCCAGAUACUGCUGCCGUGCCUACGCCACCAUCGUCUUCUAUAGCUCCUUAUGCCAGAACUUCAACAACACACGCAUGGCCUCCUAGUCCAGUGCUCCAGCCAGCGGCCAGGACGCACUCCGCACCGGAGAGUACCACCGCGCAUUCCCCAACACCAGUGCCACAACCGUCGAGUCCCGCUCCGCACGCGACACGGCCCCCUCUACCCAGCUGAGUACCGCCUUCCAACUCCGAACUCCUGUGCUGAACUCGACGAAACUCGGCGCCCCUCCUCUGACCCUCCCUUCAAUACUACGCCCCAGCGAGGCCGCCGGGAAAUUUGUUGCACUCAUUUAAGUGUGAUUGUAAUGUUACGUAUGUGAAAUACUGAUUUGUUAUAACGAAUUUAUCAUCCGGUGGUGGCGUCAAAACUUUAUACGUAAGUAAUUUUUUUUGUAUCCGUUAAUAUUUUCUAUGUCAACAAUUUAUAAAAUGAAAUGAAAUUAGUAUUUCCUUGGACUAAUUAAUUACAACUUAAUUACUUGCCAAAAAAAUCCCCAAGCGAUUUUCAUAAACGACCAAAUAGCACUUUGUAUCUUCGCUUAUGAUAUAAAAAUAAUAAAAUAAUCACGAAUAUAUAAAUAUAUUACAGAACGAGGGCGUGUAGUGUCAUGAAAUAUAAAGUAUAGUUUUGGUGUCACCUCCUAAAGUUGCCAAUAUUUUAUAACGGAGGUGAAUGUUAUGAGUGUUGCCACGUUAGAUAAUUUCUCCGGCGCGCCCCGCGGACCCCGCCGUGGAGCGAGACAAGGCCAGCCGUAGUAUUCUUCGCUGUUCCCCAAAGUUUCGGAAGUGCCAGACUGUUUAUUAGUGAUAUUUAGAUAGUGAAUGAAAUGAGGCGGAAAGGACUCGUCGUUGUGAUUAUACAUGAUGCUUUAUCAAUAGACGCUUUAGACGGUACAUUAGAGGAUAUUUUGAAUACAUUAUCAGCAUUAGGUUAGUUAGAUAGGUACUACACGUCUGUUCACGUUUUACCUGAAGUUCGAGGAACCAAAUAACACUGUUUUUUAUGAAACUUCGUGUGUUUUUACUAAGAUUUUUUCUUAAUACCUACAAGUAAUAGUUGCGUCACAUUAUAAAUCUAAUGAAGCACCAAGUCUAAAAUAAUUAGAUUAGGCUUAACUAGAUUUUUAUGUGACAGGAAUAGACAAAUAGUAUAUUACAACAAUAUUUGGAUUAGUUAACUACAAUAGUUUACACGUAAAAGUUUGCAUUUAUUGGCUAGCGAUGUUCAAAAGGUUUGACUCUAAUGUAAUUUUUACAAUUCGAACAUUGGUUAAGUUCUUUUAAACAUAUAUCACUGUUAGCAGUAAAUAUAUUGGAAUAACAGUAAUAUUAAUAUCACUUAACAGAUCUAGCACUGAAGUCUGAUUUUCAUAAUUUAUUAUGCUUUUGGACAUAGAUGUACUAUGUAGAGGUCAAAGUCUUUUUUAUUUCCAGAUUAUUAUAAAGUUUGACUUCGUGAUAUAAAUUAUUGUAAUCCUGUAUACACACUUUAUUUAG